UGGUUCGCAAUUGUGUCUCCAUGGAAACUGAGGUAAACAAUCCUACGGUCAGCAGAGCAGAUGUCAGCACCUGUCAUGAGGAGGUCCAUCAGUGUCGAGCUGUUAGUCAGCCUGGCGACGAGUGUGUGUUCUCUAAAACUCACCUCACCUUUUUCGGCAUUAGAGGAGGCUGUAUCAUAAACCGAGGAGUUCUGUGAAAAUGCCAGAACUUACGAAAACACAUUAUGCAUCUACACGACUGUAAUCCAUUGUUCCUGUCAUGGCCUCUGAUGGUUCGCCAUCCCGAGAUUCUCAAAAGAAGAAAAAGAAGACCAGUAGGAAAGGGAAGCGAGAAGAUGCUGAGGAUGCACAGGUCCAGGUGGACAUAGAGAGUCUUACAGCAUCUGGACACCAUGCUCUACAGCAAGGAGACUACUCUGAGGCCCUUGAAUACUUCAAGAAAGCUUUCAAAGCUGCUGUGGAGCUCAAGGAGACAAAAGUGCAGCGGGCAUGUGCCUUUAACCUUGGAGCAGCAUAUGUAGAGGCAGGUAAGCCCCAGAAAGGGCUAGAUUUUCUCUCGCGAGCAGAGCCAGGUGAGAGAGGAGAGCGGGUCGCAGACCUGCAGUUCAAUCUCGCAGCAGCCCACGAGGCUCUGAAGGACUACGCUCAGGCAGCCAGGCACUACCUGCAGGCUGCACAGCUUUACCGCUCACAGGGAGAUGGGAGCAGUGAGGGGGACACCUGCAUUAGACUGGCCCACUGUCACCUGUGCAGGAAGGAGUGGGCCGAGGCAGCGGAGAGUUACCUGCGUGCAGCAGAAAGCUAUAAGGUGGCAGGAAAAUCAGCCUCUGCUGCCAUCGCCCUGAAAGAUGCUGGGAACCAUAUGCUGCAGUGUGACCACUUCACAUCAGAUGAUGUCAUCGCUGUGCUGACAGAGUGCUUGGAACUGAGCGCCAACAUCACAGAGCAAGAAACACUUGGUAAACUAUAUAAUGCUGUGGGUCUGAGUUUCUCCCAGCUGAAGCUGUUUCCUGAGGCCACUGAGUGCUAUGAGCUGGCUCUGCCGUUGGUCCACUCUACACCACGCAGGCUGGCUGUGGUGCUACAGAACCUGGGUGCGGUCCACAACAUCCUGGCACAGUACCAGCAGUCCCUGGAAUACCACAGAGAGGCAGCUGCUCUUCAUGGAUCACAGGGCAGCCGUCGGGCUCAGGGCCGCUGUUUCUGUAAUCUUGGCUAUGCUCUCAGCAAGCUGGGGGAGCUGGAGGAAGCCGGAGAGAGCUACCUACAUGCUCAGCAAGCUUUUAAAGAUAGUGAUGACUCCUCAGGGCAGUGGCAGGCAUGUGAAGGUCUGGCUGGGAUCAGAAUGAGAAUGAGAGAGCCAGAGAAAGCCAUUAUCUACUACAAACAGGCCCUAGCACUGCUCUCCAAAUGCAAGGAUGUCUCUAGCUCUGUGCAGGAACGUCUGGUCAAUAAGCUGAGUGAAGCUUUGCAGCUGAAGCUGGCCGUGCAGCAGAGAGCCCCCCCUGCACGACGAGCCAUCCAGGAGAGAAGCUUCCACAGGCAGCAGCUACGCAUGACUGACACGAAAAAUGCUGAUGAAACUGUGGAUGAGCAGCGAAGAAGAGAAGUGCUGAAUAGCCAAAAGAUAGAGGAUAGCUCCCAGGAUUUUACUAAACAAUGGAGACCGACGGAAACAUAUGAACGCAGGAAACCCCGUGGAGACAUGAUGAUACCAUCAAGAAUAGCAAAGACAGAACAGCCUGCUUACCUGAACGCACUACCAGAGGCCAAUAGGAAUCUGAAUAACACAUAUGAGAAACCUGAUGUUCAUUACCAGAAUCCCACAGACGCCCAAAUCAUCUCACAACAGGAUCAGCCCAUGUGUGAGAGCUCUAAGCAGAAUCCAGAUGAGUUAACUAGUGAGCCGCUGUUGGUGGAAAGCACUGAGAUCUCGCCCCCUGCACAGCUUGACAGCGGGGACGCCACACCCUUACACAGAAGAUUAAAGUCCAGAUUUUGUACGGUUAUGUGACCUCUGCCUGAUUGUAUUUGUCUGUCCUUUACUGUGGAACAACGUCAGUUCACUUCAAAAGAAGGAUUGUUGAUUUUUUUCAGGGAGAACCUGAGCUGAGACCUCUCUGGAGAAAGGAGGACAUCUUUGCUCUAUUAUUAAUAUUGACUGAAUCUGCUGAUGCCAUAUAAAAUCUGAUCUAGGCACAGUGCUGUCUGCGCAUGAAAGAAUUGUUGAUUCUCUUGGCCUGAUAUUCUAAGCAUCCAUUAGCACCUGCCGCGAAUGAGGAAGAUAUAAUGCAUCAGUCAAUGACACAAAUCACAUAGUAUUUCCUGUCAUGUCCAUGUGAUGGAAAAUCGCCCGAGACUGGGCUUUGGCACUUACUACAUUAUAAAUGAAUGCUCUACCCGUGUCCACAGCAGCAGUGCUUCUUGAUGUUGAUAUUUUUCUCAUCUCGCUCUGCUGGUGUGACUUUUCUACUGGAACAGUCAUUGUGCUGGCUUUGCUCUCGCAUCAUAAAAAACAGCAUCUGUGAUUCGCUCUGC